AUGAGACUAUUAAUUUCACUUUCAGCUCAUCACAGGUGGAAUAUAUAUCAUUUGGAUGUCAAGUCAGCAUUCCUCAAUGGCGUUCUUGAGGAAGAGGUGUACGUGCAACAACCAGAAGGCUUUCUUGUGAAAGGGCAAGAAGACAAAGUGUACCAUUUGAAGAAAGCCUUGUAUGGCUUAAAGCAGGCACCACGGGCGUGGAACGCCCGAAUUGAUGGCUAUCUUCAUCAAAACGGCUUCAUUAAAUGUCCCUAUGAACACGCCAUCUACAUGAAGAGGAACCAUAGAGGCGAAUUUCUAAUAAUUUGUCUUUAUGUUGAUGAUUUAUUAUACACAGGAAGUAGUACCGAGAUGCUUGCUGAAUUCAAGGCGGCAAUGUUCAAUAAAUUUGAGAUGACAGACAAUGGAUUAAUGUCCUAUUUUCUUGGCAUUGAAGUGAAGCAGCAUCAAGAGGGGAUUUUUAUAUCCCAGAAGAAGUACAUGAAGGAGAUCUUAGAGAAGUUCAAGAUGAAUGAAUGCAACCCUGUAAACACCCCAGUAGCCAUCGGAAUGAAGCUAUCAAGAGAAGGAGACGGAUGUUUCGUGGAUUCAACUCUUUUCAAAAGUCUAGUUGGCAGCCUGAGAUACUUGACGAUCACAAGGCCUGAUUUUACUUAUGGAGUCGGACUUGUGAGUCGCUAUAUGGAGACACCGAAUGAAUCUCACUGGCUAGCUGCGAAGAGGAUAUUAAGGUAUAUCAAAGGCACACUCAACCUGGGUCUCUUCUAUGCAUAUGAUGAAAAUGCACAACUAGUUGGUUACUCAGAUAGUGACUGGGGAGGUGAUCAAGAUGAGAGAAAAAGCACCACAGGCUAUGUUUUCUAUCUUGGGUCAACUGCAUUUUCAUGGACCUCAAAGAAGCAAGGAGUUGUAGCUUUAUCUUCAUGUGAAGCAGAGUAUGUGGCGGCUGCAUCUACAGUAUGUGAAGCAAUUUGGUUGCGAAACAUAUUAAAUGAGUUGGAUCAUCCACAAGAAGACUCGACCAUAAUUUUUGUGGACAACAAAUCAGCCAUCCAGCUUGCAAAGAACCCAGUACAUCAUGGGAGGAGCAAACACAUAGAUACACAGUUUCAUUUUCUCAGAGACCAUGUAAAGCAGAAAAUCGUUGAACUGAAGCAUUGUCACACCACUGAACAAGUGGUAGACAUAUUCACCAAGCCAUUAUCAGGUGAAACUUUCACGAGGCUAAGAGACAUGCUUGGCUUAAAGACAUUUUGA